AUGUCUGGGUUGACUCUCGGGGGUGGUUCUGGCCGUGUGCGACCGACACAAGCCGCUGCCGCCGGUUUUCCCACCUCGCAUGAUUUCGCCGACUUCGAUCGCUCGUCCUCCGCCCGCAAUCACAACCUGCCUUCUCACCACUUCCCUGCGCCCUCGCAGCUGUCUGACGACUUUUCGCUCGAGUCGCCUUCUGACUCGACUCAAGUUAACGACAAUCUGCUCCAGGACUCUUUGUUUCCCGAAUGGAAGGAAAAUGCCCCUAGAGGGUUCGACAGCCCUGAUGAGAUGCAGAAGAGGGACCCAUUAGCGACUCAAAUAUGGAAGCUUUAUUCUAGGACGAAAGCUCAAUUGCCCAACCAGGAGCGUAUGGAGAAUUUGACCUGGAGAAUGAUGGCUCUUAGUUUGAGGCGCCAGGAGAGAGAACGCGCCCAGCAGCAGGCCCGUCUCUCCAGUAAAAAUAGUCCUAUUCCUGGUAUGAGUGGCAUUGCUCAGCUCCGUCUGUCCGAUCGUUCCCUCAACACGCCCACCACGGCUGCCGAUACGCUUUCAGAUCCAAUGAACCUCGACGAUUUCAUCAUCCCUUUCUCUCCUUCUGACCAUCCAUCUCCCACGACCACAAAAGCCUCCGAAGCCACCACUGCCGGUAUCCCUAUCAAGGCCCGCAGGGACCAAGCGGCCUCCGAAGCCACUCCCGUACCUGCAUCGUUCCCCCACCCGGCACAAGAUCAGCGGAGGGAGAGUGAGUUUGGUUACGUGCCUCGCAGGGUUCGCAAGACAAGCAUCGACGAGCGCCAGUUUUUCAACCUGCAGAUUCCGUCCCGCAAGCGGCCGGCUGAGGCCUCGCCUCGCGUACCACCCGUGUCCACCAGCAUGUUGGCUCAUGAUCCGGAAUUCUCACAUGCUGUGCCGGAGUAUGCCUUGGACACUUCGUCUGGAAUGGCUAUUCAUAACCACAUGAACGCUCAGCAACUGGCUAAUGCUCAUAACCAGACAUCUCCGGGCAUGACGUUUGCGUUGGAUACUUUCAACCUCGGCGAUGAUCCCAUUCUUCCGUCUGCAGGCCCUUACCAGCAGCAAUUUACCUUCUCCCCCAGCGAGUCGCCAAUGACCAGCGGCAACCCUUUUGCCAACCUUUACGCUCAAACUCCGAUUGCCUCUUCCCUCAACUCAACCGACUUCUUCUCUCCCCCGCCUUCUGGCUACCAGUCGACUGCGUCGACCCCUCAGCCCGCGUAUGACGGUGAACACUCCAAGUAUUUCGACAUGCCUGUGGACACGCGCUCGCAACGUAGGGUUAUCCCCACCUAUGUCACUCAGCGGUCAAACCUGUCUGCCUCCCUGCAGCCCCGAUUUAUGUACAACCAGGGUGGCUCGUCCCAAGAUCUCUCGCAGCAGAAUGCCCACAUGAGCGCCCAGUCUUCCUCCAUGCAGUCUCCUGGCUUUUCCAUUCCCCAGCAUGUCGACCCGACCCAGGUGUUGAAUCCCAAUGAUUUCAAUGGCAAUCACGCCGCUAUGUUCAGUUUUGGCGCCGAUUCCGACAACGAAGACGACGACGGAGCCCAAUUUUCGAACCGCGGAUUGGCAAUGCCAGCCGAAUUUGGCGAUGAAACUAUUGGUGAUAUGAAUGGCAAUAUGGCCUGGGAUGCGUCAUAUCCUGGCUCCUUCCAGUCGCUACCUGCUUUUGCUGCUCAGCACCGGAAGCACGUUACCAUCGGAUCCUCAGAUAUGAUGGACACCCCUAGCGAGUGGAACCAGGGCGGAAGCCUAGGUAGGACCCACGGGUCGGCUGCGUCCGUCAGCGAGGUGCGCAAUCGGGAUCAGGAUCCGCGCCGCCAAAAGAUUGCCCGUACUUCGUCCACUCCAAACACAGCUCAGCUGCUACGCCAGAGCAUGGCUUCCGGCCCAUCCUCUCACACCUCUCCCAACACCCCGCCUGAAUCUGGUUUGAACAGCGCUGCUCCAUCUCGGCCCGCCAGUCCAGGUGGCACAAAACCAGGCGAGCAGAAUGGUCCCACCACCUGCACGAACUGCUUCACGCAAACAACACCGCUCUGGCGGCGUAACCCGGAAGGUCAGCCACUGUGUAACGCGUGCGGCUUAUUCCUCAAACUGCAUGGCGUGGUGCGUCCAUUGUCACUCAAGACGGAUGUGAUUAAAAAGCGCAACCGGAACAGCGCCAACAGCCUUGCGGUGGGUUCUUCGCGGGUAUCCAAGAAAUCUGCCCGUAAGAACUCGGUUCAGCAGACUCCAACUGUGCCGACCUCUAGCCGGGCUCAGAGCAACACAGCGUCCGAGUCCCCUCCAGCAAUGCCGGGUAGCUCCGGUCGAGGCUCUGGUGUUGUUCCCAUUGCGGCUGCUCCGCCGAAAUCCAGCCCGGCAGCGACUACAUCUCCGGGUGCAACCAGCAGUCGUGGAGCGGUUCAGGUCGCACCGAAACGUCAGCGCAGGCUGGAAAAGGCCUCUGACAUUGAUAUGGCUGAAAGCCCGACUAGUACCACCUCGUCCGGUGGGCGGUCCAAGGUUGUCCCGCUGGCACCGGCCAUGCCUCCAGCGGCCGUCAACCCUGCCAACCACAGUAUCGCUGCUGGUCAGGGCGCGAGCCAAGAAUGGGAGUGGUUGACAAUGAGUUUGUAG